GGGACUUGAAGUCAGCAACAAUUUUGACAAAACUGCUGCUUAGUUACUUUCUUAACCAAUGUAUAAAUUAUCUAUUACAAUAUAACAAGCAUAAUUUUACCCCAGAGCCAUGUUUUCACUGGUAUUAUUCUCAGGUUUAUUUACCCUCACACUGUGUGCCCCUCAGUAUGUCUUUGUGAAUGAAUCCAAGACUUGGGCAGAAGCUCAGAGAUACUGUAGAGAUAAAUACACUGAUCUGGCCACCAUUGAAAAUUACCAACAAACUGUCCAGUUGAUGGACACAGUGAAUGAUGAUUCCACUGAUUUGGCCUGGAUUGGACUCUACGAUGACCUGAACAGCUGGAAAUGGACUCUAGAGGACAGCGAUUUCUUCAAGGUUGAAGAGAAAAACUUCAGGAACUGGUAUAACCAAGGACCAGGGAAUUCUGGAGCACAAAGUCUAUGUGUUUAUAUGAACAAUGGGAUAUGGUACACAGCAAGCUGCUCCAAUGCAUUUUAUCUUAUGGUCUGCUAUGAUGGAAGAGAAAAUGCCAGUGCUACUUAUGUUGUCAUUUACCAGUACAAAACCUGGACUGAAGCUCAGAGUUACUGCAGAGAACAUCACACAGAUCUCGUCAGUAUCAGAAAUGAGGUUGAAAACCAGAAGAUCCAGUAUUUCUUACGAAAUUAUUAUUAUUAUUCCAAUGUUUGGAUUGGACUGUACAGAACCAGAUCUUGGUCAGACCAGAGUAACUCUUCAUUUACUUACUGGAGCACAUGGCAACCAGAUACUGAAGGGACCUGCACCGCAGUGUCAUUUAGUGACUCUGGGAAAUGGACUGAUGAAAACUGCAAUUAUGCAUUUCCCUUCUUUUGCCACAAUGCAUCAGCAUCAUCCCGCCAGUAUCACUUUGUGAAUGAGUCUAAGACCUGGACUGAAGCUCAGAGAUACUGCAGACAGAAUUACUCAGAUCUGGCCACCAUUGAUAACAUGGAGGAAAUGAACAGCCUGAUUAACACAGUUAAUGGGAGUUACCAUGGUUUAGCCUGGAUUGGACAGUAUGAUGAUGUGAACAGCUGGAGAUGGUCCCUGGAAAACAAUGAUUUCUAUCAGGAAAGAGAGAGAGAUUUCAGAAACUGGUAUCAUGAACCGGACAACAGUGGGGGGAACCAGCUGUGUGUUUACAUGAGUAAUAAUGGAAAAUGGUAUGAUUUAUCAUGUGAUAACACACUGCCAUUUGUUUGCUAUGAUGGUAGAGACACUGCCACACAGAGUUACAUCAUGAUUUUUAAUUGGAAAACCUGGUCAGAGGCUCGUAGAUACUGCAGAGAUCAUUAUACAGAUCUUGCCAAUGUGAGAAAUCAGACUGAGAACCAGAGGAUCCUUGAGAUAACAUAUGGAUAUGGAGCCUGGAUCGGCCUGUACAGAAACAGAGUUUGGUCAAACAGUCAGAAUACUACAUAUCAAAACUGGAGGCCACAAAUUCCUGGGUUAGAGGCACAGCCAGAUAAUGGCAAUAAUCAAAACUCUGAGUAUGGAUAUCAGCACUGCACUGCUGUAUCAUUCAGAUAUUCAGGCCGAUGGACAGAUGAGGUCUGUGUAUCCAGCAUGCCUUUCUUCUGCUACAGCAGAACCUGCACACAGUCUUCAUGCACCCGUCAGUAUCACUUUGUGUCUGAAUCUAAGACCUGGAUUGAAGCUCAGAGUUACUGCAGACAGAACUACACUGAUCUGGCCACCAUUGAUAACAUGGAGGAAAUGAACAGACUCAUUAAAACAGUGCGUGGCACUUAUUAUGGUUCAGCUUGGAUUGGACUCUAUGAUGAUCUGAACAGCUGGAGAUGGUCACUGAAUAAUGCAGCAUUAGGAGGAGGAUUUAAAAGCUGGUAUAUUCAGCAACCAGUGAACUCAUAUGGACAGAGUCUGUGUGUGUACAUGUCAUAUAAUCGUGGAACAUGGAGCGAAGCCCCUUGCUACUAUACAUUUCCAUUCAUUUGCUAUGAUGGAAGAGUGAAUGCUAGUACAAGUUACGUGUUUGUUUACCAGUCCAAAACCUGGACUGAGGCUCAGAGUUACUGCAGAGAACAUCACACAGACCUCAUCAGUAUCAGAAAUGAGAAUGAAAACUACAGGGUUCAGUCAUUACUUUCAAAUUAUAACACUGUUUGGAUUGGACUGUACAGAACCAGGUCUUGGUCAGAUCAGAGUAACUCUUCAUUCAGUAACUGGAGAACAGGACAGCCAGAUAAUGCUGGAAACAGUGAAUACUGCACUGCAGUGUCAUUUAGUGAGUCUGGGAACUGGACAGAUGAAAACUGCAAUACUGCAUUACCUUUCAUUUGCCACAGUGCAUUAGCAUCAUCUCGUCAGUAUCACUUUGUGAAUGAGUCUAAGACCUGGACUGAAGCUCAGAGAUACUGCAGACAGAAUUACUCUGAUCUGGCCACCAUUGAUAACAUGGAAGAAAUAAACAGCCUGAUUAACACAGUUAAUGGGAGUUACAAUGGUUCAGCCUGGAUUGGACUGUAUGAUGAUGUGGACAGCUGGAGAUGGUCACUGGACGACAAUGAUUUCUAUCAGGAAGGAGAGAGAGAUUUCAGGAACUUCUUUCAUGAGCCGAACAACUAUGCUGGGAAUGAACUGUGUGUUUACAUGGAUUAUAAUGGGAAAUGGUUUGAUUCUUCAUGUGACAGUUAUUUCCAAUUUGUCUGCUAUGAUGGUAGAGAAAACGCCACUCAGAAAUAUGUCUAUGUAUAUCAGGGGAUGACCUGGGCUGGAGCUCAGAGCUACUGCAGGGAGACAUACACAGACCUGGCCAGUGUGAGGAAUGAGAUAGAGCAUCAACAGAUACUGAACAUUAAACGUAGUUAUGGAUAUUAUUAUGGAUAUAUAUGGAUUGGUCUGCACAGAAACAGACUGUGGUCAGAUCAGAGCAGCUCUUCAUUCACAUAUUGGCUGCCAUACACUCCCAGGGCUGCUGCACAACCAGAUAAUGGUGCAUAUGUUCAGGGAGAGCAGGGAUCUCAACACUGCACUGCUGUGUCUUUACAAUAUUUUGGCCAGUGGACAGAUGAGCGAUGCUUUGGAAGUUUGCCUUUCUUCUGUUACAGUGGUGAGCAAAUAUACCUAUAG